GAUAUGGUAGUAUUGAAUUGAAAUUGUCUUGGCAUCAAUUUAUACAUAUAGGAGUAUAAAUUUGACUCGUUUUUGUUACUUUUCCAGUCUUUUCUUUGUUCUUUCCUCACAUUGAGUUGUUUCCUAUAUAGUAGUCCCUAAAUCAGCAGUUUUCUUUCAGAAACUACAACAAAACAGAACACACAUCAAAGUAAACAUGCCUGAGAAUGAGAGGAAGCUUAGUGCAACUACUGUAGGAUAUGCAAUGCCACCAAACAAAGUAGAAACCGUAGUACAACCUUCCCUGGUUGCCCAUGCUAAAGCUCGCGGAAUCCAUCUCAUUCAAGUAGAUAUUGAUAAGCCACUCGUUGAACAAGGCCCCUUCGACUGCCUUGUCCACAAGGUGUAUGGCGAGGACUGGAAGGUUCGACUUCAUGAUUUCAAAUUUAAGUACCCGGAAGCUAUCAUAAUCGAUUCUCCCAUUGCCAUUGAACGCCUUCAUAACCGCCUUUCCAUGCUUGAAGUGGUGAAUCACCUUCCUGAUCCUGUUCAGCAAUCUCAAGGUUAUUCCUUUGGGAUACCUAAACAGGCAGUAAUCAAUGCAGAUGAUGAUGCACAUGAGUCUUUUCUGAAUAUGAGUGAGAAGUUGAAUUUCCCAGUGAUUGCCAAACCUCUGCUCGCUAAUAGCAGCGACAACGCUCAUGAGAUGUCCCUUGUGUACAGCUCCCACGGGCUGAAGAAGGUAAAACCACCUGUUGUGCUGCAGGAGUUUGUGAACCAUGGAGGGGUCCUCUUUAAGGUCUAUGUAGCUGGGAAUCAUGUCAAGUGUGUUAAAAGGAAGUCCUUGCCUGAUAUUCAUGUUUCCGAUGCUGCUAAAUUCGAAGGCCAAGGGGAUAUCAUGUCAUUUUCUCAAAUUUCUAGUUCUGCUGCUGGGGAUGAUGACACACACAUAAAAGAGGUUGAGAUGCCAUCCCCGGCUUUCGUUCAUAGCUUAGCACAAGGAUUGAGGGAGGCUUCCAAGCUUCAUCUAUUUAAUUUCGACAUGAUUAAAGAUGCAAGGGAAGGCAAUAAGUACCUGAUUAUUGAUAUUAAUUACUUCCCAGGUUAUGCUAAAGUGCCUGGAUUCGAGAACAUGUUGACUGACUUCUUCUGCGACAUCAUCAACCAUAAGAAUGAAGCUGCAACUGCUCCUGUGAGUACUGAAAUAGAUGUCAGCAAAAAUGAAAACUGUAUAACUGUAUUAUAUAACCAUAUAGUUGUUCCAAUCUUCAGGUUGAUUAACCGAACUACUAGAUAAUAGGAUUUAGGUAACCAUAGUAGAAAUAUGCUUAAUGGUUAUGAAUUAUGAUCACUGUUAAAUUUUUUCAAUCAGGUUAAUAAAUGUGUGAUUGGUUAUUAA